GAGGAGUGUCUGUGAACGACCAACCUGGCCAAACCUUUAUGAACCAAACCGAGACAGCAGCCAACGAUCAGCCGGCUGCGCGAGUCGAGAUGAAAUCGACACGCGGUGAAAUACAUGCCAUGGACAGAGACAUCAGUCGCUUGCCAUGUGGUGGAAGAUUGAGACAUCUGAGUUCCAGACAGCCGCACAUUGUCGAAAAGGGGAUUUGGUGCCUGGAGUAAUGUCCUUCUACCAUCCCAUUUGCACUGUCUGCUUAUGGUGCAGUCUGAGUAUCUCCGUCUCUAUGUCAACGCUUUCGCAUUUCAAGCAGUCCUCUACCGUACCUCGAAGGAAGGUCCUACCUCGGCAAGUGCGAAGCCUGCUGCCUAUUUUCCUUUCAGUGUAAUGGCUAGCCCAGAUGGCCGCCAUGUAUACAUAGCCAUCGAGGCUGCGAGGAAUGUCUUGAAGUGCCUAAUGAACCAUUUGAAUCCGACGAAGCAUCUAAGAUUCCUCCCCAUCCGAUAUUACCUAUAUCAAAUUCAUGCAUCGGUCUUCCUCUUCAAGGCCUUGUCUGUUGGUGCCUUGGGAGCGGAUGAGAGCCACGAAUGCGCGAUGAUUGUCAAGGAAUUAUCACGAUGCUCCAGAUGGCAGCCACAGGACCAAAACAUAUCGCCUACCAACAUGGGACCUCGUUAGCUCACUUGUGGUUUCAGGAUCCUAACACAGCGGACAACGUACAUGACACUCGAGCGGAUAAUGCACCUUUGGACCGGGGGGCUCAGCCACCUGACCCCUCUCUUUUUGAUCCGCUGCAAGAGCCUGUGACGCACUCAUUAUUUCCAGAG